AUGUGAUCGACGAUAUCGAGAAACAUCGAUAAAUGUUUCUGCAACUUCUAGGUGUCACGUAGAGAUUCACCGGGAUUACCCGGCUUUUGUGUGCCGUCGUGGAUUCUUUGAGCGCAUGCUACUCGACGAUUCGGUAUAAACGCCUCGCUCUCGGCUCGCCUGUUAUCCGACUUCAUCACGUCAUCGUGCCUCUCGAGAUCUCUCUAUUCUCUCUGUCGCCAACCGAUUUCCCAUUGUUUCAUCGAACUGACGAUCGUCAACAAAGUUGUUCUUGCGACAGACAAUGCAAUCCAUAAAAUCAUGAGCCUUUACGAGAAUCCGAAUUGCGUGCCUCUGGAGGAACUGCAAUUGAAUAUUAAGAAUGACGGGGUGAUUGUCGUAAUAAAUGCACUGAAUGAGAAAUGGGCAGACAAACGAUACUUCCUACGUUACGAAGAGCCAGAGAUAUACAAUGAAGAUGGAUCAGAAAUUGAGGGUGCAAAGGAUUAUUGGUUGGAGAUUGUGAACUACAUAAUCGAGGAUUUAAACUGGCUACUGAAUCUUCCAUUUUAUCAAUUCUGGUCCAAUAUUGUGUACAAUACUUCGAUUAUGGAUACUUUGGUAUCCUUUUUACAAGAGGCCCCACCCUUUUACGCUUUAGAAAAUUUUCCCAACGAACCAAAAAUGCUGGAGGCAUUAGAGAAUCUUCGUCGCAACAUACUUAUCGUUUUUGCGCGUCUCUGCACAAACAAACAGAGUCCAUCGGAGUACAUGAAAUGUCCAUUUCUCGGAAACCUAUUGUACGACAAUUAUAUAUUUACGAUACCGAUUAUAUUUGAUCUGUGUCAAUUGUACGGUAGGGAAAAUGCCAAAAUAGUAGAGAAAAUUGUACAGGAUGUAUUUAAUGUACAGCCAAUGUACAACGAUGACCUUCAGAAAUCUGUGCCGUGCCUUAUAAAGGCUCUCCAAAAUGUUGAACGGAGAUUUGAAAAUAGUCUAAGUAAUGCAACUGAGGCAGUGGCACUUUCAGAGAGAAAGGAUAAUUCCGCUGAGAUGACACUAUACAAUUUAGAAGAUUUAAUACUCUAUAUUUUAGAUGUAUCGUCAACUCUCACUGUGUUAUUGAAAAGCUAUCCUCCAGUAACUGCCACAUUUCAUAGAGAUGACUUCAUAAACAAGAUAGUUUCAUUAUAUGGAAAUACGAUACCUGAGAUGUACAAAAAACUAGACAAGUUGGCAUAUAGCGAGGAAAGUAUGCCAAAGUACAUUGAAUUGAAGCAUCGUCUAGAUGUAACCAGAGUAGAAAUGUUAAACCUCUAUCGAAUUAUUACCUAUGAACCCAUAUUAAAGAUUCAGGAAAAAAUGAACACGAUAACGGAAGACGAGAUAAGAACUUGCAUAGACGAAUAUUUGAAUUCACUAAUGACUGCUAUAUCUGAAAAAGAAUUUAUUAUGGAUUUUCAUAGGUUUUACCCAAUUAAUGUUGAUCUUGAUAUUAUGACCAAACUUUGUCCUGAAAUUGAUACAAUAAAGCAUGAUUAUAUAUUACAAGCUUUGCAUGCAUCGAUUGGAAAUAUUAAGACGUCUAAUGCAUCGCUCAAUAAUACAAAUAUAGCUGUCGCUGGAUGUAGUGGUAUUCAAGGCAACCAACAAAAGAAACAUUCCAAUGAUGUGAAUGGUAUAAAUAGUAAGACAAACUUUGUUUCAAAAGAGCCCGAAAACAUAAUGUCUCUCAUUCAGGAAGUGAAAGAAAUUUUAUCCGACUAUGGCGAAGGUUUCAUACAGCUAUGUUUAAAGCAUUAUAAUUAUAAUGUUGAAUCUGUGAUAAAUGCACUUCUGGAAGAUUCUUUACCGAAUAAAUUGAAAAAAUUUGAUACAACAAUACCAUAUAUACCACCAGAUCUAAUGGAAGAAGCAUCGGGUCCUGUGGAAUUCCUGGCCGAUGCAAAUCUGGCCAAUAAUUUUCAAGAAUCGACAGUUUCCCACAACGAUGAUCUUGAAGUUGUGACAGAAGAUUUUGCAAAUGCAUUAAACAUAGGGAAAAAGAAAGAUAAGUACAGAAAUGCAAAUGAAUUGUUGAAUGAUAAAUCUGAUAUUAAGAAAUCGUGGAAUAUUUAUGAGAAGUAUAGCCUUGUCGAUGAAUAUGAUGACGAAUAUGACGACACAUAUGAUAGCCAUAACAUUCGUAGCAGUGUAACGGAUGAUUCUACAGAAAUAGAUGGAAAAUCCUUCAGAACUCCAAGGGUAUUUCAUACACGUGACAAAAAUAAUACUAGUUCGGAGGAUGAGACCGAAGAUGAGCAACCUGUACAGAAUAAUAAACAUUUUGUUCAAAAUCCUGCGGAAUUACGUGCUAAAGCCGAACAGCGAAGACAACAAUGCGCAAGGGAAGGCAACAAUGCGCAUGGCAAAGGUCAAAAGCAACAAGACAAUGGUUCGGUUAAUAAGAAGAAAACUGUGUACAAGUCUACACGACGCAAUAGCUAUCGACGUAUGGGUGCCCAGAUAAAAAGAAGACAAGGAAUGGUUCCAUCUUAGAGUGGCGCAUUUUUUUGCAAAUGCAAGAGAUCCGACGCUGUACAUACUGCCAAAAAAAUUAAACACUUUAGUUAUUUAAUUAUCCUGCAGAAAUAAACGUUCUUAUAAAUUUCUA